CUUCUACCUAUUUUCACACAAAUAAAUCUGGGUAACAUUAAUAAAAUAGGAAGAUUCAAUAUGGAGGGAAAGAUAGGCGUUAAAUUACUUUUUGUGCUUGCAAUUCUUCUCUUUUCAGGGUCACCCGUGUCUUCUGAAUCUGUGUUCGAUUGCCUGGUAAGGACAGGAGGCAUUGUUUAUGCGACUCAAUGUAUACUCACCCUUGUUUCAUGCAUGGCAAAGUGCGCUCUAUUUAUCGAAUGCCCCUCUAUGGAAUGCUACCGGUCUUUGGCUUCAAAUGUGGCUGAUAAAAGUGGUGCUUGUAACUAUGAAUGUGCUUACGGAAAAUGCAUGAACUAUAUUCUCCUUAAUGACAAAGAGAAGUUCGGCAGUUGUAUGGCUAGUUGUCAAGCAAACUACUGUUCAGCAAAGGCAUCUGUUUGAAUAAGUUUUUGUUGUGUUGUAUCCGUGCGCCACAAUUAUACCUAUGUAUACUACUGGUCUUAUUAAAUAACGUGGUUGCUAUAAAUUUGAAAAAAUUGUAUUCGUUUGCAAACCGAUGUAGUUAUCUUUGUGGGCAGCUAUUAAAUAAUUCUGUUGGCUAUGUUAUUAAUAUUGUACUCAUACGGUGCUUAUGUACUAGCUUGUUGGCUAUGUUAUAAAUAUUGUACUCAUAUGGUGCUUC